GGGAGCCCCGAACCGCCGCACCCAACGCGGCGCCGGGCCGGCCGGCCAUGGCCGUCUCCAGGCUUGAUCGUCUUUUUAUCUUACUGGAUACUGGCACCACCCCAGUAACAAGAAAAGCAGCUGCCCAGCAACUUGGGGAAGUGGUGAAACUCCAUCCACAUGAACUAAAUAAUCUUUUAUCUAAAGUACUGAUAUAUUUAAGGAGUACAAAUUGGGAUACCCGAAUUGCAGCUGGACAAGCUGUUGAAGCCAUAGUGAAAAAUGUACCUGAGUGGAAUCCAGUGCCAAGAUUGAAGCAAGAACCUACUUCAGAAAGUUCUAUGGAAGAUUCAUCUGCCUCAGAUCGAUUGAGUUUUGACAGAUUUGACAUCUGUAGAUUGCUACAACAUGGAGCAUCACUUCUUGGGUCUGCUGGUGCAGAAUUUGAAGUCCAAGAUGACAAAUCAGGGGAAGUGGACCCUAAAGAGAGAAUAGCUCGCCAGCGCAAACUGUUACAGAAGAAACUUGGCCUUGAUAUGGGAGCAGCAAUUGGAAUGAAUACUGAAGAACUCUUUAAUGAUGAAGAUCUGGACUACAGCCCUGCUUCAGCCUCCCUUGUAAACAAACAACCUGCUCUUCAAGCUGCUGAGUUGAUUGACUCGGAAUUUCGAGCUGGGAUGAGCAACAGGCAAAAGAAUAAAGCUAAAAGAAUGGCAAAAUUAUUUGCAAAGCAGAGGUCCAAGGAUGCAGUAGAAAGCAAUGAAAAAAGCAAUGAUAGCACAGAUGGGGAACCAGAAGAAAAAAGACGGAAGAUAGCCAAUGUUAUUAUUAAUCAGCCUUCAACUGAGUCCAAGGUCUUGAUUGAUAAUGUACCGGACAACUCUUUCUUAUUUGAAGAGACAAAUGAAUGGCCUUUGGAAAGCUUUUGUGAAGAAUUGUGUAAUGAUCUUUUUAAUCCUUCUUGGGAGGUUCGACAUGGUGCAGGUACUGGACUUAGGGAAAUUCUCAAAGCUCAUGGGAAAAGUGGUGGUAAAAUAGGAGAUAGCACUUUAGAGGAGAUGAUCCAGCAGCAUCAAGAUUGGCUGGAAGAUUUGGCUAUUAGACUCCUUUGUGUUUUUGCAUUAGAUAGAUUUGGUGACUUUGUUUCAGAUGAAGUUGUAGCACCAGUUCGUGAAACUUGCGCUCAAACUUUAGGUGUUGUUUUAAAACACAUGAACGAAACAGGAGUUCAUAAAACUGUGGAUGUACUCCUUAAAUUGCUUACACAAGAACAGUGGGAAGUGAGACAUGGUGGCCUGUUAGGAAUAAAAUAUGUUUUAGCAGUUCGUCAGGAUGUAAUUAAAACUUUAUUGCCUAAAGUUUUAACUAAAAUAAUUGAAGGACUCCAAGACCUUGAUGAUGAUGUCAGGGCUGUUGCCGCAGCAUCCUUAGUACCCGUGGUGGAUAGUCUUGUCCAUCUUCAAUCACAAAAGGUACCUUUUAUUAUAAAUACAUUAUGGGAUGCUCUUCUAGAACUAGAUGAUCUCACCGCUUCAACAAACAGUAUCAUGACCCUUCUUUCAUCCCUUCUGACUUAUUCUCAGGUUCAACAAUGCAGUAUCCAACAGUCACUUACAGUUUUAGUACCACGUGUAUGGCCAUUUUUGCAUCACACUAUAUCAUCAGUUCGAAGAGCAGCAUUGGAAACGCUAUUUACAUUAUUGUCAACCCAGGACCAGAGCUCUUCAUCCUGGUUAACACCUAUUCUUCAGGAUAUGCUGCGACACAUUUUUCAGUUUUGUAUUUUGGAAAGCAGCCAAGAAAUUCUGGACCUUAUUCACAAGGUGUGGAUGGAAUUGUUAAGCAAGGCUUCAGUGCAAUAUGUAGUGGCAGCAGCUUGCCCAUGGAUGGGUGCCUGGCUUUGCCUAAUGAUGCAGCCAUCUCAUUUACCUAUUGAUUUAAAUAUGCUCCUGGAGGUAAAAUCCAGAUCUAAGGAAAAAACAGGUGGUAAGAUGCGACAGGGUCAAAACCAAAAUAAAGAAGUAUUGCAAGAAUAUAUUGCAGGUGCAGACAGCAUUAUGGAAGACCCAGCAAUGAGAGAUUUUGUUGUUAUGCGGGCCAGAGUGAUGGCAGCCAAGUUGUUAGGAGCACUCUGUUGCAAUAUUUGUGAUCCAAGUGUAAAUGUAGCUUCUCAAGACAUUAAACCAGCAGAGUCUCUUGGCCAGUUGCUACUUUUCCACCUGAACUCAAAAUCUGCUUUGCAAAGAAUUAGCGUUUCUUUAGUAAUCUGUGAAUGGGCUGCUUUACAGAAGGAAUGUAAAGCUGUUGCCUUAGCUGUGCAGCCACGUUUACUUGGUAUCCUGUCAGAACAUCUGUAUUAUGAUGAGAUUGCUGUUCCAUUUACACGAAUGCAGAAUGAAUGUAAACAACUUAUUACAUCAUUAGCUGAUGCACAUGUUGAAGUUAAUAGCAGAAUAAAUUACAGUGUGUUUACCAUAGAUCAAGCUAAUGAACUGGUCACUACUGUUUUUAAUGAAGUCACAUCAUCUUUCAAUUUAAAUCCAAAAGUAUUACAGCAUUUAGAUAGUAAACGGCAACAAGUUCAGAUGACUGUUUCAGAAACAAAUCAGGAAUGGCAAGUGCUACAACUGAGAGUCCAUACAUUUGCUGCUUGUGCAGUUGUGAGUUUACAACAGCUUCCAGAGAAAUUAAACCCCGUCAUAAAACCAUUAAUGGAGACUAUUAAGAAAGAAGAGAAUACACUGGUACAAAAUUAUGCUGCUGUGUGCAUAGCAAAAUUACUUCAACAGUGUACAUCAAGAACUCCUUGUCCUAAUUCAAAAAUUAUUAAAAACCUCUGUAGUUCACUCUGUGUGGAUCCACAUCUUACUCCUUGUGUCACGUGUCCAGCACCACCCCAAAGCAGCCACGAAAAUUCCAAAGGACAAAACACAGAAAAAGAUGGAAUGCACCACACUGUCACCAAGCACAGGGGUAUAAUCACACUCUACAGGCACCAGAAAGCUGCUUUUGCCAUCACAAGCAGGCGAGGUCCUACUCCUAAAGCAGCAAAAGCCCAACUUGCAGAUUUCCCUACAGGAAGCAGUGGAAACAUACCUGCUGAAUUUGAUGAGGCACAGAAACCAUACUUAGUGCAACGGAGAGGGGCUGAAUUUGCCUUGUCAACUAUAGUGAAGCAUUUUGGUCAUGAAAUGGCUGCAAAGCUACCACAUCUCUGGGAUGCUAUGGUUGGCCCUCUGAGGAAUACAAUUAACAUAAAAAGUUUUGAUGGAAAGUCCCUACUGGAAAGGGGAGAUGGCCCUGCCCAAGAAUUGGUGAAUUCUCUGCAAGUUUUUGAAACAGCAGCAGCUGCAAUGGAUACUGAGCUUCAUCCUUUGUUGGUACAGCAUUUGCCCCAUCUAUACAUGUGCCUUCAGUACCCCAACACUGCAGUGAGGCACAUGGCUGCUCGUUGUGUAGGAGUCAUGAGCAAAAUAGCUACCAUGGAAACAAUGAAUAUAUUUUUAGAGAAAGUUCUUCCAUGGAUAGGAGCAAUUGAUGAUAGUACCAAACAAGAAGGUGCAAUUGAAGCACUUGCCUCUGUAAUGGAACAACUAGAUGUUGGCAUUGUUCCAUAUAUUGUUCUUUUAGUUGUACCUGUAUUGGGAAGAAUGAGUGAUCAGACAGAUAGUGUACGGUUCAUGGCUACACAGUGCUUUGCAACAUUAAUUAGGUUAAUGCCACUUGAGGCAGGCAUUCCUGAUCCUCCAAAUAUGUCAGAAGAAUUAAUCCAGUUGAAAGCCAAAGAACGGCACUUCUUGGAACAGUUACUGGAUGGGAAAAAAUUGGAAAAUUAUAAAAUUCCAGUUCCAAUUAAAGCUGAACUCAGAAAAUAUCAGCAGGAUGGUGUGAAUUGGUUGGCAUUUCUCAAUAAAUACAAGCUUCAUGGAAUUCUGUGUGAUGACAUGGGUUUAGGAAAAACAUUACAGUCUAUUUGCAUUCUUGCAGGAGACCACUGUUUCAGAGCCCAGGAAUACGCAAGAUCUAAAUUAGCAGAAUGCAUGCCGCUUCCAUCGUUGGUGGUUUGUCCUCCCACUCUUACAGGUCACUGGGUUGAUGAAGUAGGUAAAUUUUGCUCCAAAGAGUAUCUCAAUCCUUUGCACUACACUGGACCUCCAACUGAAAGAGUAAGGUUACAGCACCAAGUCAAAAAACAUAAUCUGAUAGUGGCUUCUUAUGACGUUGUACGGAAUGACAUAGACUUUUUUAAAAAUAUCAAAUUUAACUACUGUAUUCUUGAUGAAGGCCAUGUCAUCAAAAAUGGAAAAACAAAAUUAUCAAAAGCUGUAAAACAGUUGACUGCCAAUUAUAGGAUAAUUCUUUCUGGAACGCCAAUCCAGAACAAUGUGUUGGAGCUCUGGUCACUUUUUGAUUUUCUCAUGCCUGGAUUUUUGGGUACUGAACGUCAGUUUGCAGCUCGUUAUGGUAAACCUAUAUUAGCAAGUAGGGAUGCUCGAAGCUCCAGUCGAGAACAAGAAGCAGGCGUUCUUGCAAUGGAAGCACUACAUCGCCAGGUUCUGCCAUUUCUCUUGAGAAGAAUGAAAGAGGAUGUUUUGCAGGAUCUUCCACCCAAAAUUAUUCAAGAUUAUUACUGCACUCUAAGCCCUCUACAGGUUCAGCUAUAUGAAGAUUUUGCUAAGUCUCGUGCCAAAUGUGAUGUUGAUGAAACUGUUUCUACAGCUGCACUUGCUGAAGAAACUGAAAAGCCAAAGCUAAAGGCUACUGGCCAUGUGUUCCAGGCAUUACAGUAUUUACGUAAACUAUGCAACCAUCCAGCAUUAGUCUUAACAACCCAGCACCCUGAAUUUAAGAAUACUACUGAACAACUGGCAGCUCAGAACUCUUCUCUUCGAGAUAUUCAACAUGCUCCUAAACUCUCUGCUUUGAAACAACUGCUGCUGGACUGUGGUUUGGGAAACACCAGCACUUCGGAGAGUGGCACAGAAGCUGUUGUGGCCCAGCACAGGAUACUUAUCUUCUGCCAGCUCAAAAGCAUGCUGGACAUAGUAGAGCACGAUCUUCUCAAACCUCACCUGCCCUCUGUCACAUACCUGCGGCUAGAUGGAAGCAUACCUGCUGGUCAAAGGCAUUCCAUUGUCUCACGGUUCAACAAUGACCCAUCCAUAGACGUUCUUUUACUGACUACGCAUGUUGGUGGAUUAGGUCUUAACUUAACGGGAGCUGAUACUGUUGUAUUUGUUGAGCAUGACUGGAAUCCUAUGAGGGAUUUACAAGCAAUGGAUCGAGCACAUCGUAUUGGCCAGAAACGAGUUGUUAAUGUAUAUCGAUUAAUAACAAGAGGAACGCUGGAAGAGAAAAUAAUGGGUUUGCAGAAAUUCAAAAUGAAUAUUGCAAAUACAGUUAUUAGCCAAGAGAAUUCUAGUCUGCAAAGCAUGGGGACCGAUCAACUCCUUGACUUGUUUACGCUUGAUAAGGAUGGAAAAGUGGAAAAAGCAAAUACCUCGACAACUUCUGGAAAAGCAAGUAUGAAAUCAGUCCUGGAGAACCUCAGUGAUCUUUGGGAUCAGGAUCAAUACGACACCGAGUACAGUCUUGACAACUUCAUGCAUUCUCUCAAAUAGCUGACAGUACUUGUGAAGGCAAUUGCUGCUAGAUUCAUUACAUUUCUGCUGAUAUUCAGCACAUUUCAAAGCUUGUGGAGAACAUUUAGCUCAUUGUGUAAAUAGAUUGGAAAAGGAAUCAGCGUGAUUCUGGAACUUGUUCCACAGGGGAAGGGGGGACAAGUGACUCUGUCUUAAAACUUUGCACUGUAUUAAACUUAAAUGUUAAUGUGAA